UUUGCUCCCGGCCGGGCCGGUUCCGAUCAGUUCUGUGUGGGCUGUCUUCCAAAGCGGUUUAGAGUCGACGGUGUGCUGGUCCUAGUCCAACCCAUAAUUUCGCGGUUUCUUCAUCUCACCCAUCAAAUGGAAUACAUAUGUACACAGUGAUCCUUUGUGAUUAGAAUUGAACGGAGAGAUCGUCUUUCCUUGAUCGUGUCUAACUGAUAUUCUGCGAGUAUAACCGAGUGAUGUUACUUCACGAGAGUGCCGCUAGCAUGGAACAGAGUGUGCCCGAGAAUCUGAGCACUCACGUGUACAAUGAGUGCGAAGUGCCAUCCUGCCGGGACUCGCCUGCCAAAAAGUUGACCCCUAGUCCACCACCUGCUCCUGUUCCUGCCUCCACAUCCACCCCUGCCAGCACCACUAAAGUGAAACUAAGCUUCAGUGUCGAUAGACUACUGGGCGCAGAUACCAGCGGCAAUCGCAAUCCAUCUGCGUCCUCCGUGAAGUCAUGUUGCGAUGGCAACAUCUUCUCCUGCUGUUCGUAUCCUCACUGUUUUAGCCAAUCUGGUGCAGAUGCCACCAAGAUGGGAUAUGUUCCGAUCCCAGGUCCUGUUCAGACCACAGCAACGCAUCCGUUUCCCUACGCCGGACUCGACAAACUGUAUCCUAGCCUGUAUCCGGAUUACAAGUCAGUGAUGAGGCCAUUGCCCAUUCGGCCAACUGAUCAUGUCUCUCCCACCUACCCCGCUUUGGCCACCAACGCCCUGCUCCGUUUCCAUCAACAUCAGCAGCAUAAGCCGCCGCUCAGUCCAUCAGCUCCUCCUCCAGGAGCGGCGAUGUUGGCGCCUCUUCACCACAGCCUGAAGAGCCUGCAACAGCAGCGAUUUCUGGGCAAAACCCAGCAACAAUUGGACAGUAUAUCCGCUUCUGCCGGAGCUGGUACCUCAAACCAGGCGAAUGGAGGAGGAGGUAACAGUAGCAGCAGUAGCAACAACAAUGGGAAGCGGAAACGCUCUUGGUCACGAGCCGUCUUUACGAAUCUCCAGCGGAAGGGUCUUGAGAUUCAGUUCCAGCAGCAAAAGUACAUAACCAAGCCCGAUCGCCGAAAGCUAGCUGCCCGCCUAAACCUCACAGAUGCCCAGGUUAAGGUGUGGUUCCAAAAUCGUCGCAUGAAAUGGCGGCAUACCAGGGAAAACCUAAAAAGUGGGCAGGAAAAGCAGCCCCACCAGCAGUCCAUACCAGCCUCGGGGGGAACAGGCAGUAGCGAAACUGGCUCCAAGCCAAGUGCAACCACCCAAGAAGUCCUGGACUUUAGCUCCGACAGCUGUUCCAGUGUUGACCUAAGUGAGGAAGCCGAUGACGACGAUACCAUGGAAAUUGAUGUGGUGGAGUAACCAGGUCCGAGAACGAAAAUCUUCGAUAGAAAUGCCAUUUAGAUGUAUUCGGAUCGCUAGCAAUAAUGUAGAUACUGCAAAAAAAAAUUAAUUUAU